AUGGUAAAAGUGUUUCGACUGCUCUUCUGGGGCAAAUCAUGCGUUGGAAAAACCAGCAUUAUUGAACAAUUGGCUUAUGGUGGAGUUGAUGAAAAACCAUAUUGUGAAACAAUUGAAGAUAUUUAUUGUAUUCAAUAUGAUAAUAGUAUGAUUGAAAAAGACAUUAUAUUGAGAAUUCAUGAUAUUGGUGGUGUAAAAACUAGUGUUGAACAAGAAACGGGCAAUAUUCGACAUCUUAUCACGAUCGUGGAUGCUGUUGUUCUUGUAUUCGAUAACCGUACAAAUGAGUCAUACGAAUGUUGUAAAGCAAUUAAAGAGUGGAUUGACAUAAAAACUGAUAAAAACAAGAAAGAAAUUUUACCUAUUCUGUUACUGUGCAAUGAAAUGGUGCCUGAUGAUAAACGCCGUUUGAUUAAUGAAGCUGAUGCAUGGGCAUCGAAAGACAAAUGUUUUGGAAAUCAUGUUUGGACUGUGAAUAUUAGAGAUCGUGCUCGUACGGUUGAUGCAUUUAUGACGUUAAUGAAGGAAUUAUAUAGACCACAAAAUUUAAUGAGACGUUUACCGCCUCAACAAGUAGAAAAAAAUUUAACAGAUCUUAUUGAUUUGGUACCAGAUUUAACUGAAGAAUUAUUAGCAGCUGUUGAUCAACCGUUAAAAGUUGUACGUGAUCGAACCGUCGGCAAAGAUUAUUUGUUAUGUGAUUAUAAUCGUGAUGGUGACUCAUAUCGAUCACCAUGGACAAAUACAUAUAUUCCAGCAUUCGAUGGUAACUUACCAUCAGAUCGUCUUCGUCAAUUAGAAAUUGAAGCUAAUCAAGCGUUUGAACAAUAUCGUGAAAUGUAUUUUGAAGGCGGUGUAUCAUCAGUCUAUUUUUGGGAUUUAGAGAAUGGUUUUGCCGGUGUUAUUCUUGUGAAAAAAGUUGGUGAUGGUUCAAAAAAAAUUAAAGGUUGUUGGGAUUCGAUACAUGUUGUAGAAGUACAAGAAAAACAAAGUGGACGUAUGGCACAUUAUAAAUUAACUUCAACAGUUAUGUUAUGGUUACAAACACAUAAGACAACAAGUGGUAUGAUGAAUUUAGGUGGUAGUUUAACGAGACAAUUAGAAUCAGAUAGUCAAAUACAAGAAUUUUCACAACAUAUUAUUAAUAUUGGACGUAUGGUAGAAGAAAUGGAAAAUAAAAUUCGACAAACAUUAAAUUCAAUUUAUUUUGGCAAAACGAAAGAUAUAUUAAAUUCAUUAAGAAAUAGUGAAAAUUUUCAAGGCCGUUUUCGUUUACCACAAGCAAGUUUUAAAGAAGAUUUACAAUUAGCAUUAAAUAAAAAACAACCGUUAGAAUAG